CGGCACUUUUGCCGUCUCGGGCUCUCGGCUCAUAGGCAGGCUGCCGCCACAUGGGCUCACCGCCACCGCCGGCCCCACGGCGCAGCACGCCGUGUCCGCGGUUGCCGAUUGCGCCUCCAUAAAACUAGCGUUUCGUUUCGUCGCCGUAGCGGAGGAAUAAACAAACCGCGCAGCCAGUCAGCCAGCCGCCAGAGCAGAGCAGGGGGAGCCGGGGAGGCGAGGCGACAACCCCUCACACGCGCACGCGCUGCGCCACGGCCUCUCCUCCUCCUCGUCGCGAGCCGAAUCCAUUCCCACCCCGCCGCCGGUACCGACCCGGAGCUGGGGCGCGCCGACGCGAACGGGCAUUUCGCCUGCUCGCCGCGGGCGCUUGGGUAGCGAGCGGGGCCGUUUCCGUUCGAGGUGUGGCGCGGCGCGCUCGGCAGUGCGGGGUGCCAGCAAGAUGUUCGCGAGCCGGCCGGUGGUGCACCCGAUGGAGGUGGCGGCGCCCGCGAACCCGGCGCAGCAGCCGCAGGGUGUGCUGAUGAAGGACCUUCCCGGGAUGCCGGGGACGCCCAGCGGGCUCGCGCUCCGCGUCACGCAGCUCCUCCUCGCCGCCGUCUCGCUCGCCGUCAUGUCGUCCACCAGCGACUUCGCCACCGUCUCCGCCUUCUGCUACCUUAUUGCAGCAACUAUUUUGCAAUGUGUUUGGAGCCUGUCAGUAGCCAUUGUGGACAUAUACGCACUGCUUGUUAAACGUUGUUUACGAAACCGUCGGCUUGUUGCUGUCUUUGCCAUUGGAGAUGCGAUCACAUGUGGAGUAAUCUUCUCCGGAGCAUGCGCUGCAGCAGGAAUCACCGUCUUGAUCGACGAGGAUCUGAAUAUGUGCUCGGAGAACCACUGUUCUAGUUUCCAGACUGCAGUAUCGAUGGCAUUCAUGUGUUCGUUUUCUCUCUCACCGUCCUUUGUGCUGAACUUUUGGUCGGCCGCAUUCGCAUAUUCCCGCGUCGUAGCAGCUGGAUAGUAAAGGAGGAUAGACCCUGAUUUUGGAGCAGGUGGAGCACCCCAAAUGUGGUUUUUGCGAUAACUGGAUAGAGUGGCCCAGCUAAUAGUAUUAGAAUCGGAAGCUGAAGUACCCGUAUGACGCUAUGACUCCGGCAUAUCUAGUUUAACCUGUACAAAGAAAAUUGGGAAUGUCUUGUCCGGCAAAUGCAUUGCUGUGAAACCUUGCAGUUCUGUGUCCUGAUGACCCUUGAACCAUGGAUAUGAUAUUGCAUAUAGAGAGCUGAUGGUGCUGAGGAAGUCGUCGUAAUUCA